AUGAUGCAGAACGAGCGGAUCAAGUUAGUUUUUGAAGAGUCGUUCCUCCAAAAAGGCGAUGAGAGUUGUCUCAAUCGUGCGGACAUAAUAAAAGUGUUUGAUGGAAGGACUUCUUUAGCUCCGGUACUUGCAAUGCUAUGUAAUGAAGUUGUAGGCUAUGAAAUUCUCUCGACUGGUCCUGAUUUGUUGGUGCAGUUCACAGCCAACUCUAACAUACCUGGGCAAGGGUUCAAAGCAAGCUACCAGUUUCAAAUUGAAGACGACCCUAACACAGAUGGGGAUAUUAAUAAGAAAUCAAGCACAGCGGAAGCAAUAUCCGGAUUAGGGCCAGCUGUAAGCGCCGCCACGUCAUCCUGUCAUCAAGUAUUCAACAGUGAUAAGAGCAAGACCGGCAAAUUGACGUCACCGCUGUACCCCGCACCAUACCCCCAGAAAACACAAUGUCAUUACGACUUCCUGGCUCGAGGCAGGGAAAGAGUCAGGCUCGUUUUUGAAGACUUCAGCCUGCAGAGAAUAACUGAGAACAUUAUUGAUUGCGAGAGUAUGGAUUCUCUAGACGUAUUUUUGUAUGUAGACGGUCGUCUUGAAAAGAUGGCAUCGUUUUGCGGCAACGAUAUACCGAAGCCAAUAAUGUCAAAUGGACCCAAGUUAUCUAUUGAGUUCCGUGGGUUAUACUCAUCUAGACACAGCAGAGGGUUCAAGAUAUCAUAUUCUUUUGUUGAAGAUUACGGAAUCGCAACGGGGAGACAACUUUUAGAAUUUCCAUGUGCCUUCGUAUUUAAUAGCAGUGAGAAGGGAAGGGGGAUUGUGACGUCACCAAACCACCCUGGUCUCUAUCCGAGGGACACAGAGUGCAAUUACUUCUUCUACGGCAACGAAAACGAGAGAGUACAUUUACAUUUCACUUAUUUCGACGUUGAAGGUGUGGUCCCAUGCGAAGCCGUGUCAGCCAGUGACUACGUCCAGUUCUAUAGCCAGAUGAUCCAAUCACAAAGCCAUCGACACUGCGGUCAGCUGAAGGAACUCCAAGUGACUUCAGAGAAGAACUUCCUUAGAAUCACAUUCAAGUCUAACGACAGACUUGACUCGACUGGAUUUAAAGCAAACUAUAUCUUCUUGCGAGACUCCGAGAUGCACAGCAUAACUAUGCCAAACUCUAUAGAUAAAGGUACGAAGUGCAGCACAUCCAAAUUCUUAGUACUUAUAUAUUUGUGUAAAAUCAUAUGGAACAUCAGAUAGUGAAACCCUUUGUACUCGCAGAGAAAUUAUAAAAUAAAAUAUCUGUGUUAUUACUAGUUGGUUUUAUUUUUAUUGAUAACCCUUUUGUCUUACAAGUCCUUACAAGAUACAUAGGUAAUAUAAUGCUGAAGGCGAUAAAAAAAAUCGGCGAAUACAAUCAAAGGCUUAAAUUAUUUUGCUCUUUAAAGUAUCAUAGUCUAGGAUAAG